GGUCUUGCCUUUACUUUGGAAGAACGGCAAUUGUUGGGCAUUCAAGGUCUCUUGCCGGCCGUUGUUAAAACCGAAGAUGAACAAGUUCAGCACUCUUUAAUACUGCUCGAUCGUUUGGAAAAUGAUCUGGAUAAAUACAUGUACUUAAAUGCUUUGGCCGAACGUAAUGAACGUCUCUUCUAUAAAGUAUUAGCCUCAGAUGUGUCAAAAAUGAUGCCAUUGGUGUAUACGCCCACUGUGGGCUUGGCUUGUCAAAAGUUCAGUUUGAUUUUUCAACAUCCCAAAGGUCUUUAUAUUACCAUCAAGGAUAAGGGUCAUGUUUAUGAUAUUUUAAAGAAUUGGCCUGAGACUGAUGUGCGUGCCAUUGUCGUGACAGAUGGUGAACGUAUUUUAGGUUUGGGUGAUUUGGGUGCCAAUGGCAUGGGUAUACCUGUGGGUAAAUUGUCUUUGUACACCGCUUUGGCCGGCAUUAAACCCAGUCAAUGUUUACCCAUUACCUUGGAUGUGGGCACCAAUACCGAAUCUAUUCUCAACGAUCCUCUAUAUAUAGGCAUACGUGAGAAACGUGUUACUGGUGAAGUGUAUGAUGAGUUUAUUGAAGAAUUUAUGACAGCCGCUGUGCGUCGUUUUGGCCAAAACUGUUUGAUACAAUUUGAAGAUUUUGCCAAUGCCAACGCUUUCCGCCUUUUGGCCAAGUACCGCAAUGACUACUGCACUUUUAAUGAUGACAUACAGGGUACAGCUUCUGUGGCUGUUGCCGGUCUGCUAGCUUCUCUGAAAAUCAAGAACACCAAAUUAAUGGAGAACAAGAUAGUAUUCUUCGGCGCUGGAGAAGCUGCCUUGGGUAUUGCCAAUUUAUGUUUGAUGGCUUUAAUGAAGGAAGGUCUCAGUGAGGCUGAAGCAAAGAAACUUAUCUGGAUGAUUGAUAGUAAGGGACUUAUCGUACAAAAUCGUCCCUCGGGAGGUCUGACCGAGCAUAAAUUACGUUUUGCUCAACCCCAUGAACCCAUCGACACAUUGGCCGAUGUUGUACGUAUUGUACGCCCGACAGUUUUAAUUGGUGCCGCUGCUAUUGGUGGUGCCUUUACACCCGAAAUUCUUGAAAUGAUGGCUGAAUUCAAUGAAAUGCCCAUUAUUUUUGCCCUUUCUAAUCCAACUAGUAAAGCUGAGUGUACCGCCGAACAAGCCUACAGUUACACUAAGGGUAAAUGUAUUUUUGCUUCUGGAUCUCCCUUCAAUCCCGUUGAAUAUAAUGGCAAGAAUUACUAUCCCGGUCAAGGUAAUAAUUCGUAUAUUUUCCCUGGUGUUGCCUUGGGUGUUCUUUGUGCCGGUAUGUUAACCAUACCGGAAGAUGUGUUCCUGUUGUCAGCUGAACGCUUAGCAGACUUAUGUUCGGCCGAAGAUUUGUCCAAGGGUUCUCUAUAUCCACCUUUGAAUCGCAUUACUGAAUGUUCUAUGGAAAUUGCUGCUUAUAUUAUGGAAUAUGCUAUGCAAAUGGUUUGGCAACUGUUCGUCCUGAACCCCACGACAAACAUGACUUCAUAA